GAGCCGCUGAACUGCAGACUUCAACUGAUUUCGUCCGUCUAGGAAUGUCCGACUUCUUUGACAAGUAUCCCUGGGCGCUCUCCCGGUUGGACGGCCCUCACAGGAUCAACCCUCGGAGGUUGGAGAACGAGUCACACUUGUCCAUAGGCCCCUUCGGGGAACGGUUACCGCCACCUGAUUCGCCACGCGCCAUCGCGGAACGCCGUGAGUGAUCCACCCCACAGGACGCACCUUACUCCCUCUGGAUCUUUCCCGCAAUAUAUGAGCGAUUGACUGUUUGGUUGCUGCAGAUUAUGGCGACUCGUUCCCGCCAAGUGCGCGAGAUGCAUGGGCCACAGCCCAGCGGAUGAAGGUGACGACGCGCAUGCGGCCCGGCUGGCUCGGCAACUCGGAGUUCAUGGCCACCAUGUGGGCGUCGAUGGUCAUGCCCGUGCUGCAGAGGGACGAGGACGACGAGCCCGUGCUCAAGUGGGUCGUCGGCGAGCAGCUCGUGCCCGCCAAAUCGCUGUCUGAGGCGGACAUCAGGCAGAGCUACAUAGACGCCAUCGUGCUGACGUCCCGUGGCCACAAGGACGCCGUGCCCCCCGAUCAGGUGCACACUCUCCUGUUUCCCGAGUAUUGGCAGAAGAAGGGCAAGGGCAAGGGCGGGGGCAAGGGGGGCAAGGCAGGCGGUGGUGGUGGCGGUGGUGGCGGUGGUGGGGAUGGCGGGGGUGCUGCUGCAAAGGCUGCCGGUGCCUCUUCAUCCUCAUCUGCUGCCGCGGCUAGUGCUGCUGCUCCCGGUGCGUCCUCAUCUGCGCUGGCCGAUAGUGGUGGCAACGGUGCGGGCGAUGGGGAGACGAAGAAAAAGAAGAGGAACAGACGCAAGAAGAAACAGAACACCCAGCAGGUGGGUGAGGUCCGGUGCGAGAGAGGGAGGAAAUUGUGGGUGGUGUCAUGCGACAUGUUGUCUGUACUUGUCAGGUUGCCGAGGACUCUCAGCCAUCCGCAUCGGCCGGCGACUCGCAGCCAUCGGCGCCAGAGCCAGCUGAGAGCCACUGGAUCGUCUUAGGAGUGGUGCGUGAGUUAGCUGAAGUUCAUCCAGGUCGCGUGUUGUGCAGGUGCAGUGCUUCAUGGUGCUUGGGGGGUGGGGUGCUGGUGACGUACCGACCGACCGACCGAUGUGGAUAAAUGUGUGUGCAUGGCGAUGGCGGGUGUGAGGGAG